UCGCCAUGUUGUCCAUGCUUAACGUGACGUGGGCCUCGCGAUGUUUCAGAGAGGAGGGGAGUGUCAAAUUCCAGGAGAGAGGAGAGGGAGUCGGAGAUAGGGGCGCAAAGUUACAUUGCAAGCUCUUUGCAAAAAUGGGGGAUGACCGACCUUUUGUGUGUGCUGCCCCUGGCUGUGGACAGGGCUUUACCAACGAGGACCACUUGGCGGUACACAAACACAAGCACGAGAUGACGCUCAAGUUUGGACCAGCCAGAACGGACUCGGUCAUUAUUGCAGACCAGACUCCAACGCCCACCCGCUUCCUCAAGAACUGCGAGGAGGUGGGCCUGUUCAACGAGCUGGCCAGCUCCUUCGAACACGAGUUCCGCAAAGCGCAGGAGGAUGACGACAAGAGGUCCAAGAACCCUCUCACAGCAGCCAGCCACGCCGCCGCUCAGGGUCUGCAGACGCCGUCGGACGUCAAGGUGAAGGAGGAGGACCCCGUGGAGGUGGACUCCUCCCCGCCGUGCAGUCCCGGCUCCAUCUCCAGCGACUCCGAUGGGGGCUAUGGGGACCCCCCGUCCAUGAAAAGGGACACCCCGCCCCGCAGCUCGGCCCCGACCCCAACCAUCGUGCGGCCAGGGUCCCUCCCGCUCCACCUUGGGUUCGACGCCCUUCAGCCGACCAUGCCCUCCCCCACCUCCGUCAUCACCCAGACACCACCCUCCAAUCGCACCCUGGGCUCUCCCACCAGCCACUACCCCAUGAUGAUGCUCCCCAAUGGGCAUGCAGUGCCGGUGCUCCCAGGACCAGUGCAGAUGCCCUCUGUCAUCAACCUGGCCCGGCCCGUUUGCAUGGUGCCCAACAUUCCUGGGAUCCCUGGACCUCCCAUGGGAGGCAGCAGCAGUGGCUCCAGCUCCCCCUCUGGCUACAGCAUCCACUCCGAGGCAAAGAUGCGUCUGAAGGCGGCGCUGUCGCAGCAGAGCCCAUCCGGCCUGGGCAUGGGGGGCAUGGGAGGCAUGAUGGGCAUGGGCUGCAGUCCCAUGGUGCCCCAGAGGGCCGAGCAGAGCCAGCUGUUGGUGCAGCACCCAGACGCCCCGUCCCCCGCACAGCCACAGUUCUCCCCGGCCCAGCCCACCGGCGGGAGGCGGAGACGCACGGCUGAGGACGACCCCGACGAGCGGAGGCAGCGCUUCCUGGAGAGGAACCGGGCGGCGGCUUCGCGCUGCCGACAGAAGCGCAAGGUGUGGGUCUGCUCCCUGGAGAAGAAGGCCGAGGAGCUGAACUCCAUGAACGUCUCGCUGUCGAAUGAGGUGUCACUGUUGCGAAACGAGGUGGCUCAUCUGAAGCAGCUGCUGCUGGCUCAUAAGGACUGUCCUGUCACCAACAUGCAGAAGAAGACGGCCUACCUAGAGGGGGGCAUGAAGGAGUCCAGCGAGCCCAUCGGCUCCCCGGCCCCGGUGAUCCAGCACAGCUCCCUGGCCCCAAGCCCCUCGGCGGGGCCCAACGGCCUGAGCUCGCGGGCGGCAGCGGAGGCCAUGGCCAUGUCAGUGCUGGCGGGCAUGGGCCAGCAGCGUCACCACCACCACCACCACCACAACAACAACCACCACCACCACCACCACCAGAGGGCUGAAGGCGGAGCUUCCCACGUCAUCAUGGCUGUACAGUCCCACUCUAGUGCCAGAUGAUGAGCCAGGUCACCGCCGCCCAGGCAUAGCUUACACUUCACCACCAGGGGGCAGAGUCGGAGCAAGGAAAAAGAAACCUCGCUGACCCCAAAGAGUCCGAACACCUGAACUAUUGCCUGUCUCCUUUGCCUCCGCUUCUUUCUUUUUUUUACCCUCCAGUGGAGCCAUGUUGCUGAAGCCUGGAGCUCAGCAGCAAGCCUUCUGGGAAUAGACUGAGACUAUUGAGAGAGCUUCCUGUUCACUCUGCCAUAAACUACAGGGGCUGGACUCCAACCUUGCUCUCCCCCCUUUAAACCCCACUCUCCUCGGCUGUCAUCUCCGUCUCCCUCCCCUCCGCCUCCCCCCCCCUCAGUCAAUACAACACUUCACUGGACUUCAAUAGGACUGCAUCACUAACGAGUUUACUGCCGUAGCAACACUCUCCCCGUGGACACAUCGGCGCAUGUUCUGUAACACAUGGGCAACACAGCAACGGUUUUAACUUUCUACGUUCGAGCGAAUAACCAAACACAACACACAGGGCUUUUAUACUUACAGAUGCUGCAGGGGGGCCUUGGGCUCAAUCAAUGUUUUUAUCCUAAUGCACUCAACCAUCAAAGAUGCAAUAGCCUGGAUACACUAAAAAAGUGUAAUGUAUGGCCCAUAACCUAUUGUGUCAAGAUCAUAUCAACCUG